AUGUCCGCAACCCAGGAUAUCGCAUCAUCGAUUGUCGAUAAUGACCUCGACCCAGCUGUCGCGAACCUAAGACUGGACGACGAAUCUGGUCUUGGUCCUGACGGUCAGCCUGCUCCAAAGACGGACGAUGAAUACGCUGUCGCCAACCUGACCCUCCGAGCUAUCGUCUCUUCAAAGGAGGCCGGCGUCAUUAUUGGCAAGGGUGGCAAGAACGUCGCAGACUUGCGCGAUGAGACAGGUGUUAAAGCCGGCGUCAGCAAGGUCGUCCAAGGUGUACACGAUCGCGUCCUUACCAUCACUGGAGGUUGCGACGCCAUCUCGAGGGCUUACGCAAUUGUCGCCAAAGCUCUACUCGAAGGCGCGCCCGCCGUGGGCAUGGGCGGAGUCGUCCAAAACAAUGGCACACACCCUAUCAAGCUCCUGAUUUCGCACAACCAGAUGGGCACAAUCAUCGGUCGCCAGGGCCUCAAGAUCAAGCACAUCCAGGACUCGUCUGGUGUGCGCAUGGUCGCGCAAAAGGAAAUGCUACCCCAGUCCACCGAGCGCAUCGUCGAGGUUCAAGGCACACCCGAAGGCAUCCAGCGCGCCGUGUGGGAAAUCUCAAAAUGCCUUGUGGAUGAUUGGCAGCGAGGCACCGGCACAGUGCUGUACAAUCCUGUUGUUCGCACACAACCUGGCGGUGCGGGGUCUCUUGGUGGCGGUCCUGUCUCUGCCGGUACUGGCUCUGCCGCUGGUGCUGGGGGCGGGGUAGGAGGAGGAUACGGGUAUUCCAGAGGUGACUAUGGAAGCUCUCGUGUGACACGCACCGGCAAUGGCGCCGACUUUAGCAAUGGCGGUUCUUCGCGACCUUACCGCCGCUCUGACUCGGAUGCGGGCAAUCGAGACCGCCAAGGCCCUCCGACCCACGACGAGAACGGCGAAGAGAUUCAGACCCAAAACAUUAGCAUCCCUGCUGACAUGGUGGGAUGUAUCAUUGGCCGCGCCGGAAGCAAGAUCACGGAGAUUCGCAAGACUUCGGGUGCCCGCAUCUCCAUUGCCAAGGCUCCUCAUGACGAAACGGGUGAGCGCAUGUUCACCAUUAUGGGCUCUGCCAAGGCAAACGAGACAGCCUUGUUUCUCCUGUACGAGAACCUCGAGGCUGAAAAGAUGCGCCGCAGCCAGAACCAACCAGCAGAGUAA